AUGGCUGACACUUCAUCUCACUUGUCAACUCGCUCCACCACGCGAUGCCCGAUCCCGCCAAGUCUGACGGAGCAGAUGUCCCUGACAAAUUGGAUUUCGAUUGGCGGACAGACUGGUACUAAAGCAAAGCUUUGGGCUACUGCAGGCUACAGGUCCGAGCUGUUGGACAAGACUUGGCUACUUGUAGGGUUACAGCGCGAUUCGCACUAUUGCUACUACCAGUUUGGCAUACUCGUACGAGUAUGCCCAGGCAAACACAAUGCUUAUCGUAAUGAAUAUAGCUCGAAUGCUACGUAUCUAAUACUUCCUGCGCGAGCCUGCGAGUCUCAGUAUCAUCCAAUCCUGUUUGGAUACUGCGACAGCAACAUUGGAUCUACUGUAUUAGCUGCAUGCGGGAGAUGGGAGCUAGGCUGGCCUUCCGGCUCUCCGGUCUCUGCUUGCAGGGAAGAAAGAAGCAGGGCAUUUGAAGCAUGUACACGAUUAACGCGCAAGUUAUCUGUCUAUACCUGUGCCUGGGGCAAAACAACAGCUGCCUCUAUACUAAAGCGUAAAGCACACGUCAAAUGGUACCGAAUGCGACAAUGGCCUGACACGCCCCGCUUCAGCUAUUUGUCCCUAGAUAGCGGUGAGUCGAACCCAUACGCAUAUUUGAUACAAUCUGUCGCUGCAGCUGCUUUUACUGCGCGGUUCCCGCUCGUAGAUGGAGUUUCUCGCCAUAUUCCUGGUAAAUCUGCAUCCCCUGUCGGACAGCAAACGGCCUGGACACAUCGGGUUACAUCCUCUGCAACACGCCCACUGCAACCCAUCAAAGACAUCCCUUCUUGCAUCCGAAACUCCCUGCUAAUCUUCGUGGGGAGCUGUGCAUAUUCCGUACAAGGAUACAAGUUAGGAAGCGAUAGCUGGGACUACAUUCACCAAGACAGGACUUACAACUCAAGUGGUGAAAAGUCAACUACAAGUAAAAGAAAGAAAUACCUACUGCACAAGUGUCAUGGGCGUCUAACAAACGCAACGGCCCGCCGAUCACCAUUACUCAUGCUCGAGUACACAUGA